ACUAGAGAGAAUCUUAACUUUACUGUGACUAACCAGAACAUACUUACACAACAUGAACAAGAAUAAUAUGUCUUCCCAAUCUUCUUUCAAGGUAGUACUAAUUCAUAUAUUCAAUUUUAUAAUUAGUAUCAUAGCUUUUGCUGUUAAAAUGGUGAAGCCCAACAGCAAUAAUCAAACCAAAAUGGUUGAUUUUGUUCAAAGCAUUGUUCAAAAUCCAACCUUGAAACCCACUGGUGCUGGUGCUGUUCAUGAUUCAUCCAACAAAGAGAGUGUGAUUUCAGGGGAAUCUUCAACUCCAGAGGAAGGGGUGAAGAAAGGAUAUGGUAAAUCAAAGCUGUAUGAGAUCUGUGCUGCAAAUCAUUGGAAGCCUCCUGUGUUUGAAUGCUGUAAAGAGGAAGGACCAUCUCAUUGCAGAUUGUUCACAUUCAAGGUUCUUAUUGAGAUAGAGACAGACAAAGCAUCUAAAAACAAAGAGAAAACAGAAGCAUCUACAAGCAUCGUAGAGGUCUACGGUGCUCCUCAUCAAAAGAAGAAAGCAGCAGCAGACGACGCGGCCGAGGGUGCAUUAUGGUACUUAAAGCAGACAGGUUUUGUUUUGAAGAACAAAUAAAAAAAGUACAAUAUCAUCAACAGCCAAGACUUUCACAUCCACAAAGUUAUUUCAUUCUUCGGUUAUGCUAUCUAGACUCGGUUGCCAAUAAUCAGAAGACCAUGCUCUCUUAGGCGAGCCUCUUUUUCCUGCUAAAUCUGUCUUCCUCUUCCUGUUUAGUGCAUUGUUAUCGCGAAGAUUUCUUUGUAACACUCUUUUUCCGGAAGAUACAACAACCAGAGAUCAUACUGUCAUCUUCAUUCUUCACUGUGUGGGAUUGGGAUUGUGUGUUUCUAGUUUCAUCGAGCAAAGUACCGAUUGUAAUUUCACGAGCAGGAGAAGGAGAGUUUCUUGGAGAAAGACCUUGAAGCUUUCUUAUAGUACUUAUUGGGACUACAUAGAAUUUUUGUCCAAGCAUGAGCACUGUGUCUGGUUCAACAACUGCCCAUGGUUGCUGAAACACAAACGGAUGCGCAACGUAGCAUCUUGGGUUGCGGCACAUAAUCUCAGCUGCAGUCAAAGGUCUGUCAUGAAGCUCAACUCGACCGCCGGGAUGGACAAUCCGGAGAAGCACGGUCUUUGAGUUAUUAGUACAAAUCCAACUUGAAGAUGGCAUGGUUUCGAUGUAUCUGCGGAAGAGGAAGAGGUUAAUGCAGGAACAAGCUUCUGUUACAUCAUUGGGAAGGUUUGGAGAGUAUAAGUAGCUUAUGGAAUUCAAUAGAAUAAAACAAAACUACAUGAUAUGUGGUUUACAUUGUCAUCAUAAAAAAUAAUCUUGGUCUUGGCUGUUUUUGAUAUUAUUCAUUGAUACUAUCGUAGCAUUUGUUUGCA